CCUUGAGCAGUCGGACGAGCACCUCUCAGCAGGUCCCGGAACAGAACACUCCCUUCUAUCCCCGCCAUGGCGCAGUACGGUAUGCCCACUCUAUCGCCUCUUGCUCAUCGAGCCGCCGGUCGAACUGCACCAGCACCAGCGAAAGCGAAGAAACCUGCACCGCUUCCAGCAUCAACAGGAAAACAGGAGGCGCGCAGCUCUACAGGCCGAGCAGACACAACAGAUACAGUGGAUACGUCGGUCGUGUCGACUAGCAUCCAGCGUCUUCCUCUCGGGGAGAACACUCUGGACCAGAUGGACCCAAGCCCCUCUCGUCCUCUCAGCCACGACGCUGAUGGUAUUAUUGCCAUCGACGCACAAGGCGACUUGGUACUACACGUCGAGCAUCAGACUGCUCUCGCCAAGCUGGCGCAGAAGUACAGGGUGCAUAGUGCCACAUUGAAAUCACACUCUAGGUACUUUGCAAGCCUACUGGACGGACGCUUCGGCGAAAGCGCAAAGAUCGAGGCGCAGCAUACCGUUCUCCGACAGCGCUACGGCAGCCUCUCCCAAACGCCUUCGUCUGAGCUGCCGUUAAUACGCAUCGAGGACAUUGGCCGCACUUCUACCAUCAAAUCGAUUGAGGCCUUGUGCACCGAUUUUUUCAUGAUUCUUCACGGGAAAGAUACGAUAGCAUCGCCCCCAGUCGUGAACCUGGCCAACAUCGCUAUCGUUGCAGAUCGCUUCGAUGCCCUUGAGGCACUGCGAAGCUACGUCGCGCGGAAAAGACUGAUCAGAGCGAUUGAUGGCAAGACGAGUCAGAAAGCCGAAAUGGGUCUUACGGAAGAGCGCGUUCGUAUGCGGCUCUUGGUGGCUGUAUUACUUGACAUCGCCCCGUGGCUGGACAGGUACUCUGCCCGCCUAAUCACCAAAGGAUGGGUUGGAAGAGAAGCCGAUGAAGCUGAUGCAAUGUGGUGGACCCUCCCACGAAACCUUGAGGAAGAGCUUAUGUCGCGGCGGGAGUAUAUCCUGGAUAUGCUGCAAGCAUCGACCGGGCAAAUCGUUGCGCUAUACAACUCGCGUGAACGGCAAUGUAGACUUGGAUACGACUCGAGUGCAGCGUGUGAUAGCUUCCAAUUGGGCGAAGCCAUCAAAUUCCUAUCUCGAAGUGGUAUUCUUCAAGUUAAGGGCAUGCUUUUCGAUGCCGGAGCGGCCGCGGGUGCCUAUGAAGGUGAUAUAUUUACUCUUAUCGACUCUCUGCGACAAGCUCCCGAGUACCAGAUUGACCGUAAUCACACUCACUGCGGAAUCAGAGGACGCUUGAUAUCCAUGCUAGACAUGGUUUUGGAUGCACUCCACCACAUCGGUAUUUGUGCCGAAUGUUGGAUUACGAGCCGCCAAGAUCAUGCGUGGGCCGACAGCAAGCCAGCCCUACAUUGGCAGAGCCAGUCAUAUCGAUCACGAGGUCUGGCGCACAAGGACCUUCAUGCGCAAGUGAAAGCGAUGUUUACUGCCACGAAUAGAGAUUGGAGCCGAUGAGAUCGAGUCUUCUUUUUGUUCCUAGCAGGUAGCCCCGCGAUCUGUUGUGCACCAAGACUACCGUGGUCCCCAAUGCCCAUUGCGGGAGUCUGUGCUAUCACGUGCGUCGGCGCAGCCCUUGCUCAGCCUACUACCAGCUCUGCAUCUGACUUCCAGAUACGACGGUCAUUCAUGGAUGCUUGACUACCUGACAGAAUGACUGUCCACCUGUUGGCGGCGUAUUUGCAUUGCCUAAUGUCAGCCGAGCCUCCAAAGCACUGCCUUCGAGCCUAGAGACAGACCAUGAGAACUCUCAUAUGUAUGUAUGCGCAUCAGGUAUGCGCUCCUCGUAAGUCAGAUCAAGCUUACCUACCUUACCUACCUGUACCUUACCUUAGGUUCAAUUGCUAUCAACAGCUACGGCACCUUACUAUUAC